ACCAAAGGUCCGAUACUUUUUGAACAGACCUUGUUUAUGGUCAAAAGAAAUCAACAUGACAUCCUUUAAAGUUUACAAACAGGGCAAAAUGAGUAAUUGUUUGCCAGACUGCCAGCAACAAAACAUCAUUUUGAAAGUUAGCAACAAUGUCCAUAUGUAAUGCUGGCAAAUGAACUACUGGAAGAGUUGUGUAAAUAUGCCAGCAUCUUGUAUAUAAGUCAAGAAAACCUGACCCAUCACUAACUCUUGCACACAAGGGGUACGCUCAUUAAGUCGAACGAGUUAAACAAGAAUGACAUCAUCGUUAUUCUUGUUUCAUUAGAUUUUCCGAACAAUUUGUUUAGAAAAUGGCCAUUUCAAAAUCUGAAGUUUUAAACAUUGUUACUGCGAUUGUGUCUGAAGUAUUUUUUUCGGAUGAUUCUGAAGACGAGAUCAAAAGUUAUGUCAUUCUAGAAACUUCAAAAAGGAGAAAAAGGAGACUGCAUAUAAAAGGAUAUGUAUAAAGUGUUGUUCCUUCAUAUUUAAGCGAUGACUUCCAAUGUCAUUUUAGAAUGAAGAGAUGCACUUUCGAAAUUCUUUUGGAAAAAUUAAAACCUAAAUUAAUCAAUUCUUUCGGAAGACCUUGUUUAGAUGCAAACAAGCAAAUUUUGUCGGUAAUUUGGCUUCUAGCAAAUCAGGAAUCAUUCAGGUCUGUAGCAGACAGAUUCAACAUCUCAAAAUCUACCCUGUAUAGCUAUCUGAAUAAAGUUUGUACUGAACUCGUAAAAAUGGCAAGUGAUGUUAUAAAAUGGGCAAAAUUGGAAGAAUAUGCCUAUUUAACCAGAAAAAUUAAAAUUAUAGCUGGCUUCCCAGGUAUAAUUGGGGCAAUUGAUGGGUGCCAUAUUCGUAUUAAAGCUCCAAGUGAAGCACCAGAAAAAUAUGUAAACCGGAAGAAUUUUCAUUCUGUAAUUUUGCAGGCAGUCUGCAACCAUAACUUAGUUUUUACAGACUGUUAUUGUGGCUUCCAUGGUUCUGUUCAUGAUGCCAGAGUUUUCAGAAAUUCUGAAGUGAUUCAGAAACUUAAUAAUUCUUCCUUAUCAGAUUAUAACAUUGUGGGAGAUGCUGCCUACCCACUUAUGGUUAUGGUGUCAUUGAUGGUACCAUUUAAAAAUGAUGGUCAUCUAACUGCUUAAAUGCAUACAUAUAAUAAUAAGCUGUCAAAAAGCAGAAUUGUUAUUGAGAGGGGCUUUGCAUUAUUAAAAGGAAGAUUUCGACAGUUAAAAU